UACUACCGCCCGAGUAGCCCGGGCCCCUCAUCUCCGUCCUGCAGCCCUCUCAGGCGCCGAGCACUACAAGUCCCGGCAUGCCGCGAACUUGACGGCCGCGCCUCCCGGGCGGUGUCCGGCCCUCCGGCCCGCCCCGCUCCCCCGCCCGGUCCCCACCCCUUCCCCGGCAGCACGCGGAGCCGGGACGCGAGACAUGGAGGAGACGUCGCCCCCGCUGCUGGGCAGCAGCAAGCCGCACCUGGAGAAGCUGACCUUGGGGGUCACUCGCAUCCUAGAAUCAUCCCCAGGUGUGACAGAGGUGACCAUCAUAGAAAAGCCACCUGCUGAACGUCAUAUGAUUUCUUCAUGGGAACAAAAGAAUAACUGUGUGCUGCCUGAGGAUCUGAAGAACUUUUACCUGAUGACCAAUGGCUUCCACAUGACGUGGAAUGUGAAGCUGGAUGAACAUACCAUUCCAUUGGGCAGCAUGGCAAUUAACAGCAUCUCAAAACUGACUCAACUCAACCAGUCUUCCAUGUACUCACUUCCUAACGCACCAACUCUGGCAGACCUGGAGGACGAUAUACAAGAAGCCAGUGAGAACCAUCCAGAGAAGCCUCACUUUGAUUCUCGCAGCGUGAUAUUUGAGUUGGAUCCUUGCAACGGGAAUGGGAAGGUUUGCCUCGUCUACAAAAGAGGGAAACCAGGAUUAGCACAGGACACUGAGAUCUGGUUCCUGGACAGAGCAUUAUACUGGCAUUUUCUCACAGACACCUUUACUGCCUAUUACCGCCUGCUCAUCACUCACCUGGGCCUGCCCCAGUGGCAGUAUGCCUUCACCAGCUAUGGCAUUAGCCCCCAGGCCAAGCAAUGGUUCAACAUGUAUAAACCCAUCACCUACAACACAAACCUCCUCACUGAAGAGACCGACUCCUUUGUGAACAAGCUGGAUCCUAGCAAAGUGUUCAAGAGCAAGAACAAGAUCAUAAUCCCCAAAAAGAAAGGGCCUGUACAGCCUGCAGGUGGCCAGAAAGGGCCCUCAGGUUCUGCUUCCACUUCUAAAUCCUCCUCUGGGUCUGGAAACCCUGUCCGGAAAUGAGCAACCCCCUCCGCCUCCCCGCUGCCCCACAGCGGUGAUGUCCAUGCACAGAUGCCCUGGGCAUGGCCCAACCUCAGAGUCUGUGUGUGGAACCACAGUCCUCCUUCCUUCUGCACUUGAUCUCAGCCAAAAGGCUGAGAAGCGAUUCCUCUCCCCAUCUGAAUGACAGAGUCCUAGGCCUUUUACUCCCGUCGGCCUGAGCCAGGAAUUGGAAGGGCAUACUCAGGUCUCCCCAGGAAUCCUUCCUGCAUGCCCAUCACAGCAGGCUGUGCCAUCUGCUGCUCCUGGGAGCUGUGAGGAAUGUAAGGUUAUAUGUAAGUGACUAAGUAGAUCUGUUAAGAGCUUUCUUCUCUUUCUACCCCAACCCCCAACCCCUCAGCAGUAAUUAUAGAGGUUCCCCAAAGAAACCACUGGUUUUGACCUAGGAGACAUUAGAACUAUGCUGUUCAAUUGGUAGCCACUUUUAAAGCAGCUAAAUUUAAGCCAUAUUAAAAAUUCAGUUCCUCAGUUUUAUUAGCCACAUUGGGAAUAUUUGUGUGGCUGAUGGAUUCUGUAUUAGACACUACAGAGAUGAUGAAACAUUUCUAUCAUCGCAGAAAGUUCUGUUGGGUAGUAGCACUACAUUAGAAUAUUUUUGCAUUACCCUUACUCAGAUCAGUUCAUUUUUGUUAGAGAAUAUUGAACACUCUCACAAUUUGAUGGGUUAUAAUGUUCCAUGUAAAAUCUUGAAGGUACAUUUUUAUGUUUUUUAUAUCCUUCCCCACAAGCAAAUCUAGCUUUGCUCAUUUUUAAUUUUCUAUAAAGUUUUUCAUCUUCAUCAGAGUUCUAUAAAGUUUGUUUCCAGUUUUUUGAUGUGAUAUUUGCACAUUUGCCAAAGUUAUCUUUCUCACGUCAUUUUUUUUAAAGAAGUGAUUCUACUGUACCAUGAAAACAAGACCUCCCAAGCAUUGCUUUUCCAGGACUCUUCAUGAAGAGUUUUGAUGAAAUCAGUCACUGUUGCCAGGAGCUUCCACCUGCUCUGCCUACUCACAACUGCUCAGCAGUUCACGGAGUGGCAGAAGAGGGUAGAGAGGAACCCAGGUGUCAAGGAUAGUAGCUGAGGUUUAGUCUUCCGCAAGUAUCUUUCUUCCAGAACUCAUUAGAGGGAGAACCAGCAGUGCCAGAGGAGACAGCCCAGCAUUUGGCUGCUUCCCCAAGUCAAGGCUAGAAGGGGAUUGAGAAGUUGUGUUGUCUGCCACUAUGGCGAGUAUGCUUCCUCUAGUACUUUCGGAGCCCCUGAAUUAUUUCUGCAUCAGUUCUGGCCCAAUUCUGGAUUUCACAAAUGAAGCAGCAGAGGAGCCACCAAAGCCACGGUGCCCUUGACACCAGCGACAAUCAGCUGGAGUCCCCAGAGGGCUUGUAGACAGAGCGGGUUCCACUGCGGAGAGGUUUGAGCCCGGCUUCAGGAGGAGCAGAGCAGUUAAGAGCAGGGCUGGCUACCUAUAUAGGGCCCAGUGCAGAAUUAGGAGUGGGGCCUUUUCUCCAAAAACCCAGUAGACAGUACCAUGAAAAGCAUUAAAAUGUUUUCCCUUUCUUCUCACAACUUGUUACAGAUUUGUUUGUUUGAUACUCAAUGCUAUUCCAGGAAAAAUUAAAGUUUUAAAUUAUUAUAA